GCAGAACAAUCGACAUUUGCAAGAGUGCAGGACUUGAUUAUUAUAACAUUUCUGAAACUGUUAAAAAAUGUUUGAUACAUUCAUUUUCUUCUGGUUGUUCUCCUGGAGUCUGACUGGUGUGUUUGUUGCUGAUGCAGUGAAGUCAGAGUCAGUGACUGAGGGAGAAUCAGUCUCUCUGAACUCUAGUCUCACUCAAAUACAGACAAAUGAAGAGAUCAACUGGAAGUUUGGUGACAUUCUCAUAGCUAAAGUGAAGAACAACAAAGAGAGCAAGUUUUUUGGUGAUAAUGCUGAUGGGAGUUUCAGAGACAGACUGAAACUGAACAAUCAGACUGGAUCUCUGACCAUCAUCAACAGCAGAACCACAGACUCUGGACUUUAUACAGUCUCCAGCAGCAGCAGAGACACGAUCAACACGAUCAAUCUCACUGUCUAUGCUCGUCUGCCUGUUCCUGUCAUCAGCAGAGACUGUUCACAAUGUUCUUCAUCAUCAUCAUCAUCAUCAUCAUCAUCAUGUUCAUUGGUUUGUUCAGCUGUGAAUGUGUGUCAUGUGACUCUCUCCUGGUUCAGAGGAAACAGUUCAUUGUCCAGUGUCAGUGUGUCUGAUCUCAGCAGCAGCAUCUCUUUACAUCUGGAGGUGGAAUAUCAGGAUAACAACACCUACAGCUGUGUGCUGAACAAUACCAUCAGCAACCAGACCAGAUAUUUCAACAUCACUGAACUCUGUCACACAUGUGCAGACCGUAUCCACUGUUGUGGCUUUACUGAAGCUGUGAUCCGAUUGGCUCUCUCUGCUCUGGUGGGCGUGGCUACUGUGGUUGUUCUGGUUUAUGACAUCAGAUCCAGAAGUCUUCAACAGAAGAAGAGCGUCCAGAAAUAACCAUCAAACUCCGAUUAAUCUCUCAGGAAGAUGGAGAUGAUCCGGCAUGACUGGAGAGAUUAAAGUAUAUUACAAGAAAUCUUUUGAGUAAAUAGCAUUCAUAGAUAGAUAUCACACCUGAUUUAACUCAUUGGCUCAUUAGUAGAGACUGCAAGACCUGAAGUGUCAAAUAAGGGAGACAUACACAAUGUGCAGGGCUGGUGCUAGCUACUCUAGGACAAGUUUGAGAACCACUGAUUUAAGUCAUAUGUUAAUUCAUUUUAUCAAAUCUUAACGCUCCUUUAAAAAAUUAAAAGUGUAGUAUACCUUUUAGAACAGGAUAACGUACAACAUCCAAAGAAGUAUAGUAGUCACUGGUAAUACAUGUAAUAUAGAUUAAAAUAUUUAAUCUGAAAACACAAUAUGUUUGAAUGAUUUUAAGAAAAGGAGGAUGUCUUGUGUUUAGAGGCCUACUGUGAAAAUUCUCUAAAUUUUAAAGGUUCAGUCACUAGUAGGCGCUACAUCAGGGUCUGUAUGAGAGACUCACUGUCUGAGAGAAUCAUUGUUUCAUCAGAAUUCAAUCAUCUCAGUCUUCUCAAAUUUUUGGCAAAACACCACAAUCACAGAUGAUGGUUUAGACCCUGUAGCACUCAUUAUAUUUCAUAGUUCUAUAUAAUCUUCAAAAAUGUAUAAAAGAAGCAAAUUUAAAUGUAUUUGUUCAGUAUUAAAAACAAAAUUUCCCAUGCA